AUGUCGAAUGGCAACGGUAGCGGUAAUGGUACAGGUACUGGUUCAAGUGGUAAUAACGUUUCCAGACAUGCAAGCAUCGUAGAAAUGUUAUCCACCCCUCCCCAACUCCCUAACCAACAACAAUCUGGACAGAUCGCUCCUGGCCAACAAUCACAAGAACAAGAACAAGAACAACAGCAACAACAGCACCUAGGAUCACAGCAGCAGCAGCAGCAGCAGCGUCUACGGCGUUUAUCUAAUGCACAACCUGCAAAUCCCCAGACAGAACUUCGUGGUGGGUUGACGAACGCUAGCGCGAUGUCACCAGCUCCACUCGGUGUAAAUCCUAAUCUAGGUUCACUUCAUUCUUCAACUGGCUCCGCAUCGUCUACAUCGGUCAAUUCGUUAUCAUCCGCAAGCAGGGAUAACGAUAGUGAGUCUGUUAAGAUGACCCCGACGACUACCCAAUGUCUUCAAAAUUUACAUUCUCAAAAAUGGCAACAUACCCCCCUGUCACAGUUGGUAGAACAGAACAAACUAAUCUUUGUAUCUGGGUCUGCAUCUGUGGAGGAAGCGUUUAACCUUUUGAUGAAACAUCAUUUAACCUCUCUGCCGGUGGAAGCGUAUGAAGGUGAUAUGAAUUGUUUGACAUUUGAUUAUAAUGAUUUGAAUUCAUAUUUAUUGUUGGCAUUGAAUAAGAUUCAAGUACAAAAUAAGGAGAUUCAACAGGAUUGUCAGAACGGUAAGCCUGUCCCCGUGGGGGAAAUGGUUAAAUUGACCCCAAAGAAUCCUUUUUACAAGUUGCCAGAAACCGAUUCUCUAUCCCAUGUGAUGGGUAUUCUGGGUUCCGGUGUACAUCGUGUGGCCAUCACUAACCCUGAGAUGACAAAGAUAAAGGGGAUUCUUUCUCAAAGGCGUUUGAUCAGGCAUCUAUGGGAAAAUGCCAGAUCAUUUAAUAAUUUGGAGCAUCUUUUCAACUCUUCCCUGCAGAAGUUGGAAAUUGGUAUGUUAAAUUCUCAUACGAAGCCUACUUCUAGACAGUCUAGGGUUAUUUCGAUUCAAGGCGAGGAACCUUUGAUUAUGGCGCUUUAUAAAAUGCACAUGGAGAGAAUUUCAUCAAUUGCAGUUGUGGAUCAACAGGAUAACUUAAUCGGUAACAUUUCCGUCACUGACGUUAAGCAUGUAACCCGUACUUCGCAAUACCCAUUAUUGCACAAAUCCUGUCGUCAUUUUAUUAGCAUCAUUCUAAAUGUCAGAGGUCUGGAGAUGGGUAAAGAUUCUUUCCCCAUCUUCCAUGUGUAUCCAACCAGUUCUCUGGCGAGAACGCUGGCUAAGUUGGUAGCAACUCAAUCUCAUAGAUUGUGGAUCGUUCAACCGCCAGAUUUACCGCUAGAUUCAGCUGGACACCAUGAAGACCACCAUUCAAGUGGUCCUACUUACAUGCAUUCUCCAAUCAUGUCAGCAAUCGAGGAUCCACCUUCUCCUACGCCUCCAACCACUAAUUUAUUCGAAAAGGAAUAUCGUACUGGUAAAUUGAUUGGUGUCGUUUCAUUGACAGAUAUCCUAAGUCUUUUGGCAAGGAGUCAAACAGAACACAAACAGGUUGAUCCUCAGAGUGCAAGAAGGCAGAGAGGUAGUGUCUAUGUUUAA